CGACUCCUGACAAGACUCCGCAAACUUGUUUACUCUGCGGAGAGCAGAAAAGAAAAGAACUGCCUUUGAAUUCCUGACAUUGCUGACGGGCAGGGGAAUUGCUUGUCAUGCUCCGCGUUAGUCUCAGGGUAGGUUUCCCUUCCGCCCACGGCGAGAGGGGGACCACCGCGCUGGUUUGGUGGCACUGCUGACGUAGGCGGGGGGAGCAACCCAAGGAUGGGGUUUAAGCGGGCGCAAAGGGAGACUUUUACUAAAUACUUAACCCCAGUCGUCCUGCACUGACAGGUAGAGCCGUGCGCAUAAAGGAGAUCUUUGCUCCUUCUCCUUAUAAUAGCGGGGUGGGGGUUAGAAUGUAAACUUUGCCGGGACAGGAUAUAUGGCAGCACAAGGGCGCAUGUAUAGCUCCCACUGACAGGAUGUUUAAAUACUCCGAGCCCCCAGCUCCUCGCAGCUACUCCGUGUCUCCGCUCCGGGACUAUUUUCUGCCUCUUUUUCCCAUCGGAACGUUGGGAUCUCGCCGGGCUUCAUGAUUUCGCUGUGGAUUUUAAACAUUUUGCACUCGGAGAGAAUGAGAUUUCCUUGGUGAUAAAUGAAUAGCCCUUAUGCCCAACAUGAGCUGGAGCUUUUUAACCCGUCUUUUAGAAGAAAUUCACAAUCACUCCACCUUUGUGGGGAAGGUGUGGCUCACGGUUCUGAUCAUCUUCAGGAUAGUCCUGACAGCAGUGGGAGGGGAGUCUAUCUAUUCGGAUGAACAGAGCAAGUUCAUGUGCAACACCAAGCAGCCGGGCUGCGACAAUGUCUGCUACGAUGCCUUUGCCCCUCUUUCCCACGUCCGCUUUUGGGUCUUCCAGAUCAUCAUGAUAUCUGCCCCUUCUGUAAUGUAUCUCGGCUACGCUAUACACAGGAUCGCCAGGUCGGCAGAAGAAGAUCGCCGGCACCAUUCAUGUAGGAAGAAAAAGUCGUUUUCCAAAUGGCGGCCAGGCCAAAAUGCUGAGGACCCGGAAGCCGAAGAAGAAGAACCUAUGAUAUACGAUGGCCCAUCUGAGCCAGAGAAGGUGGAAAGCAAAGAAAAGGAAACGAAAAAGCACGACGGUCGGAGGCGCAUCAAAGAGGAGGGGUUGAUGAAAAUUUAUGUUUUCCAGUUGGUAUCAAGGGCCAUUUUUGAAGUGAGUUUUUUGGUAGGCCAAUACUUCUUAUAUGGGUUUCGAGUCAAGGCCUAUUUCGAGUGCAGCACUAACCCGUGCCCCCAUAAGGUCGACUGCUUUGUUUCACGACCAACGGAGAAGACGGUUUUCCUUCUAAUAAUGUAUGUGGUGAGUUGCCUUUGCUUGUUCCUUAAUGUCUGUGAGAUGUUGCAUCUCGGCGUUGGAACCCUGCGGGACGCUAUCCGCAACAGGAGAACUCCUAGAAACAAGCAGGCCCCGUACAAUUAUUCUUAUCCGAAGAACAUCACUUGUCCUCCAGAAUACAACAUGGUGGUCAAGUCGGACAAAUCUACCAAAAUCCCAGUAGGCCUAAUGGCUCAUGAGCAGAACUUGGCCAACGUUGCUCAGGAACAAAACUGCCCCAGUGACAACGCCCCUUCUGACCUGUCUGCUUUGCAUAAACAUUUGAGCAUUGCUCAGGAACAAUUAGAUAUAGCCUUUCAGAACUAUAAUACUCACGUCAACGGCCAGCCGUCCAGGACGAGCAGUCCGGCUUCUGGUGGGACGGUGGUGGAGCAGAACCGAGCCAACACCGCUCACGAAAAGCAAGGAGCCAAGCCCAAAUGCGGCUCAGACAAGGGUAGUACCAGCAGUAAAGAAGGAAAAACCUCCGUAUGGAUAUAAACCGAACACUAAUUGCUGUAAAUAGGCUGGUAUCGUAAGGCCCAAUAGAACCAAGGCACAGAGUCACUGGGGUUCAUCUAUCAACACUGGGCAAAUUUGCCCGUGGGCAGUAACUAAUAGCAACCAGUGAUCGGCUUUUUUCAGCCAGCUGCAAGUAGAACAAUGAAUGCAACAAUUUGAUUGGUUGCCAUGAGUUACUGCCCAUGGGCAAAUUUGCCCAGUGUUGGUAAAUGACCCCCAUUUUUUUUUUUUUUACAUUUUUUAACAAAAUACCAGGGUUUUUAUAUUAUUUCAUAUGUAACAGGAUUCCUGGGUGGUUAUAAGCAGACCGCCAUUUUGAUUCACCAUUGAGAACUUUUACUGGUGGCUGGGCGGAACCCAAGCUUCUGAGGGCAAUAACAUUCAAUAUCUUCUUCCAAAAUGCUCCUUUCUUCUUCUCAGAGACCGGAAAGUGAACUGAAAUAUCCAUUGGAUGGAACAUGGAUGGGAAGCGCCACCAACGUUGGCCUUUGGCCUUUGUCUUGUAACAAAUGGGCUUUACUGUACUGACUAUGUUAUUGUGUUAAUGUGUUUAACAGGUUAAUGACUGUAUUAUCACAGUCUUUUAGUCGUUAUAAAACCAAAAACGCUUUUCUACUUACUCUUCCCAAUCUCAGAAGGACAAAUGCCAAAUAGUAAAUAGCCUGUGUUUUACUUGAAGCUGAAAUUAAAAUGUGCAUAUCCUUGGCCAA